AUGCGCUACUCCGAGAUCCUCGCCCUUGCCAUGGGCAACGUGGCCGCUGCUCAGUUCACCACCACCCGCUUCGCCAACACUACCACCGCUGCUUUUGAGACUGGCACUGCCACCUCAGGCACUGCUACUGUCGGCGCCGAGACCACCGGCACCGAGACUUCCGCUGCUUCCACCAGCACUGCUGCUGCUGGAGGCAUUGGAAGCCCUGACGGUUUCAACUUCCUCGGCUGCUUCUCUGGCAGUGGCUUCCCUGGCUUCUCCCUCGCCUACUCCAGCGAGAACAACGACGCCGACCUCUGUGCUGAGUCUUGUCUCGGAUCUAGCUUCUUCGGUCUCUACGACUCCAGCUGCUAUUGUGGUAACGAACUUGAUCUUUCCACCUCCACCUCUGUCAGCACCGAUCAGUGCGAUAUCACCUGCCCUGGCGAUGACUCUGAGAACUGCGGUGGCCUCGACAGCGGCUCCCGAAUGAUGCGCCGACAGGCCGUCGACAUCAACGUUCUCCUCUCCAUCUACGUCGCCAUUGGUGUCAACCCUGGCGGCGAGACCGAGACCGUUGUCAACACUGACUUCGUCACCGAGACUCUCCCUCCUGUCACCACCACAGCUACCGUUACCUUCACCCAGAGCGGUGAGACCUCCACCAAGACUGUCACCACUGUCAUCGCUGCUGUCCCCACCGACGUGAUCAUUGUCUGCUACGGCAACUACUGCGCUCCCCAAUACCACUGCCCUACCUGCACCAAGUUCCAGGUCGUUUGCAACGAUGGCCUCUGUGCGCCCGAAGAAUGCCACGACGAUACCUGGAACAAGCUCAAGAUCUGUGAGAGCGGAAGCUGCUACUACGCCGACUACGAGAACGAGGAGUGCAACCAGCGCAUUGUCUGCCACGGAUCCAGCUGCGAGCGCGAGACCUCUGUGGACUACGCCCGCAAGUUUGUCUGUGACGUCGAGGAGGAUCGCUACUACUUCGACGAGUGCCACGAUGACUGCUACAGCUACGAGAAGUGCUCCAACGGCGAGUGCGAGCCCGUUCACCCUCCCGUCUCACCUCCCAAGCCUGUCAGCCCUCCUAAGCCCAUUGUCCCCGGCAAGCCUCCUGUCGUUGUUGUCCCUGAGCCCAAGCCUGAGCAGCCCAUUGUCCCUGGCAAGCCCGAGACUCCUUACAGCCCCGAGACCCCUUCUAAGCCCGAGACUCCCUCCAAGCCUGUGAAGCCCGAGACUCCUUACAGCCCCGAGACUCCUUACAGCCCCGAGACCCCUUCCAAGCCCGAGACUCCCUCCAAGCCUGUGAAGCCCGAGACUCCUUCCAAGCCCGAGACUCCUGUCAAGUCCGAGACCCCCAACCAGCCCGAGCAGCCCACAAACCCUGAGCAGCCUUCUAAGUCCCAGCAGUCUGAGACCCCUGCUCAGUCUGGCAAGCCCCAGAACCCUGAGGUUCCUGUUGUCACCGCCGGUGCCACCAAGACCAUUGUUGGUUUCGCCGCUGCUUUCGCUGCCUUCGUCUUUGCCCUGUAA